GUUUAAAGAUUUGUGGAGAAAUUCAUAUAAAUGAAAAGGUGAAAAAAGCAAUGAAAUAAGAAUAAGAAAGUUUAGUAAGUGAGUAAGAAUGAAAAUAAUAUAAAAAAGAAGAAGUUAAAUAAGUAAAUAUUGAGAUUAGAUUGGAGAUGAUUUGAAGAGAAGGAGAAAUAGAAAUAAGGUAAGUGGAUUAUGAUUUAAGAAUGAAGAAAAAGAAUUAGUUAAGAGAGAAGGAUAAUCAGAAAUUGAAAUAAUAGGAGAAUGAGAUAUUAAUAAAGCUAAGCAAAGAAUAUAUUAAUAUAUAAUAAAGAUAGCUAUUGGAAAGGAUGGUAAAGAAGGAAUAGAUUGAGUAUAAAUAUGAAUGUAGUUAAAAGAUAUUGGUAGUUUAGAAAGAUGAAAGAGAUAAUGAUGAUUGUUGUUGA